CGCUUCGAUGUCAGGUGAAGCCCCGCCCCCUCCUCUUCCUCUGGUCGUCUGGUUUUGUUCGUGUCGUCGUUGUUAAUAAAGUUUUGUUUCCCUGCAGCUUAAAGAAAAACAGCAGGACGUAUUUUUACUCCAGUUUCUUGGCGUACAUCUUCGGACUCGGCCUCACCAUCUUCGUCAUGCACACCUUCAAACACGCACAGGUGAGCGCCGCCACGGAGGUCAGAGGUCAAACUGGCCGACAUAUAAGAAAUAUACUGAUAUAAUGAGAUAUGAUGGAAUCGACCCUAUCAAAGGUAUAGAUCUACAGAUACCAGAUGCUGUUGUUGGAGUUUCUGUAAACGAAGGCGGAGACUCUCGUCUGUCGUCAAAAACACGACCUGAAGGUCAGAGGUCAGAGGUCAGAAACGAUGAGUUUAUAAACCUGUUUGAAACUCUUUUAAAGACGAUCAGCGGAUGGAUCGGUCAUCUUUAAAACUUCAACUUUAUUCUGUCUUCAGAGACGUCGGCGCCGCCCGCCCGCCGUCACUCGGUUCCUCCGGUUUCGUUCUUUUGUUGGUUUUUUAAAUUUAUCAGAGAAGAAGAAGAAAAUCUGCAGUUUUAUUUUCAUUAAAGUUGUAAAAACGUUUAUUUAACGUUUAUUUCAGGAACAGAUCGGCCUGUUUUACUCGAAGGUUAUUUUUAUUGAUUAGUUCAUUUAAAUAUUGAUCUUAUCGAUGAUCCUCCUGAGUAUUUAUGUUUUAUUGAUCUUUGAACAGCUGUGUGACAUGUGACACGUCAUAUUUGACUUUAUCUCUGAUUAAACAUGUGAUCGAACAGUAUCAGGAUAUAUAUCGAUUAUUGAUCUUCAGCCUCAAUAUAUCAGGAUCUCAGUAUUGAUCCGUAUCGGCGCUCAGCACAGAUCAGACCGAUGAAGGUCUGAGGACUUGGUCUUCACUUCCUGGUCAGUCUCCCAGGAUUUCCUCUCUCUGUGCUGAUGGGGCUUUUAUUUUGAAAUCCUGGUUUUAUCCGUUUGUCUCUCUCUGAUUCACUCGUUCAUGUUUCACUCUCAGACUCCGACUCUCGCUCAGGAAACUGUCGUUGUUUUAAAAACACAAACCGAAGAUCACAGCCGCUGGAAUCACCGAUCGUGUUUCCUACAAAUCAAGUCGCUGAUCUGAGAUUGACGGGUUUUUCAACCAAUCAGAGCUGAGAGAACUUUGUCUCUCAGCCAAUCAGAGGAGUACCGUUCACAUCGCUCCAGACAGACACACAAACAUGAGUGUGUGUGUGUGUGUGUGUGUGUGUGUGUGUGUGUGCGUCAGAAUCAGUGAGUGUGUAAAUAAACAAACACACAACUCAGAGUGUGGGUUUACUGAUACACAAACACAACUACACGUGUUACACAAACACACACCUUGAUGUGACCCCGCUCUCCUUCUGUCCUCAGCCCGCUCUGCUCUACCUGGUCCCCGCCUGCGUCGGCUUCCCCGUCAUCGUGGCGCUCUUCAAAGGAGAGCUCACGGAGAUGUUCAGGUGAGUUCCUGUCCCAUCUAGACUCAUAGAUCUACGCAGUUCUGCUCUUUCCAUCCUCUGGCUCCACCCCUCUCCUCCCCCGUCGCUCUGAUCCUUUUAAGGACGUCUUAGGCCCCGCCCCCUUUUCGUUGUGCGUUAGUUUGGCGAAGCUCUGAGAAACGCGAGCCGCGGUGGUCGGUCGACGCAGGAAGUCUAUGACCAUAACUGUUGAUGUUGUCGUUGCUCCGCCCUCCAUCACGGGGGGGCGGGUCUCUUUCUUCUUCUUCUGUUUUUUUAGUUUUUAGUAGAAAUAUCAGAUCUAAGAGUCUCUCUCUCUUCUUCUCUCUUUCCUUCCUCUCUCCUCCUCCUCCUCCUCCCUUUGUUCUCUCUCCUCUCCUCCUCCCUCUUCUCUCCUGGUUUUCUCCUCCGUGUCUCUCACCCGUCCAUCUCUCCCUCCCCCGUUGUCCCCCCUCCUCCCGGUGGUUAGCUAUGAGUCAUCAGAGGAGGUCCUCCCUGGCUCUCCCAGGCUCACGUCCUUCCCCACCGUCAGCGGCUCGCCCGCCAGCCUGGCUAGCUCCAUGGAUGCCGUCUCUAUGGGGACAGGCUCCUCCCCCCGUCGCCGUCGCUUACAGCCCAACUCCAUGUAGCAGCCCCGCCCACUUCCUCUUUACUGUCCCCUUCCUGUAACACCUGGGCAGGUAAUCCAGCUGAGAUUAAGAUUGAGCAUCUUGUCCGUGUGACACUCAGUGAAGUAGAGCCGGGCGAAAGUUUAUCAGGAUAUAUCGAUCAAUAUCAGCUGAUAUCGAUCAAUAUCAGGAUAUAUCGAUCAAUAUCAGGAUAUAUCAGCUGAUAUCGAUCAAUAUCAGGAUAUAUUAUUAUCAUAUCAGCUGAUAUCGAUCAAUAUCAGGAUAUAUCAGCUGAUAUCGAUCAAUAUCAGGAUAUAUCAGCUGAUAUGGAUCAAUAUCAGGAUCUAUUAUUAUCAUAUUAGCUGAUAUGGAUCAAUAUCAGG